AUGGAUUCAAGAGAUUGGGCAGGGCUUCCGGAUUUGGUACUCGACUUGAUUUUCCGAAAGUUGCCUUCCAUCUCUGAUUGCUUACGCUUUCGCGCUCUGUGCAAGUCAUGGUUUUCCUUCGUAUCCAAUAAUUACUACGCCUUGGAAAAACGCUUGAAUUCAAGUUCUGUUGAGGAACUUCCUCUGUUAAUGAUCUGUACAAGUCGAGAAAAAGAAUUCGAUAAUACAAGCUUAUACAGUAGUGCUAGCAAAAGUAAAAUAGUCUUUGACUUCACACUACCCUUUCCCAACACUUGGAGAUGUUGUGGAUCUUCACAUGGUUGGCUUGCUUUUCAACAUGAGUCUGAUUUGCUCAUCCAACUUUUCAAUCCUUUCUCUCGAGAGACAAUCAAUCUUCCUCACCUUAAAUAUUUUGCCGGUAAAAUUAUUAUAACCAAGAAUCCAUCAACAAAUCCAAAUAAUUUUGAGGUUGCGGCAAUGAUCAAGGGUUGGAGUAGACUUAAUGGCUUGGCUAUCCUAAAACCUGGUUCCAAAUUUUCAGGAUGUAAAGGCGAUUCUGUACACACUAUGGAGAAUGAGUUGUCAGCAAAUCAUGAAUACAUGAUGAACAUCGUUCACCUUCAAUAUGGCGGCCUCCACACCCAUUUUUCUUUAAAGCCGUCUCAAUGA